AUUAAUGAGAAAAGUUCCCUUGCCCUAGGGGUAAUUAGUGUCCUUGGAGUUAAAUAAGCUAAUACUUAGACACCUCUGGCACAAGCAAUUAUGUUUGUGUAUUGAAUAAUUGAUUCAAAGAGGGGGGAAGGGCUGCUAAUCAGAUCUGAGCAUAAUGAAUUGAUUUAAUUAACAGGGGAAUCCGAGGGUCUCUGGAAACUGCGCGCAUUUAUUCAGCGGUAGAAAGGCGAGAGCGCGGCACACAAACUGGGAGAGAGGCGGCGCGAGUUUGCUUUUAGCAGUUGUCAGCUUCGCAAUUGGAUUUGUUUGAAUAUAUAGAUGCCGUUUCGGAGCAAAUGAGAAGGCGAAAGGGAGAGCAUUAACACCGAGAGAGGAGAGAGCUCAGCUGGUCCGAGCGUGUGGUCCGUCCUUGCGUGUGAACUCCUUUACGCAGAUUUACUCUAGAUUUAUCUCGCUUUUCAUUGUUUUUUUUUUUUCGUGUCAUUUUUUUUAAAUUUAAAAUUCGCAUGGAAUUUAUCAAGGGCAACCAACGCGGUGUUUAUUUGCAUUACAGCUCAGCCCGAAAAGAGGGUUUUCGUCGUGUUUAUCGCUGCAUUCCGUGUUUGAAUUAUUAUUGAUAGGAGGUGCAGAAAGCGAUACGUCGUUCCAGGUUUUCUCCCCCCUACUCCCCCUUUUUGGUUUAGCGAGGCUUAGUCUAGUACUCAGCCGCGCGUUUCAAAGCAAUUUCCAGGAGAAGUGGUGAGAAGACGGAGCAGUGCAGCCUGCUGGAGCCGAGGACGGAUCGCCCGGGGAAGGACUCCUCGUUCCUCAGGACGAUGGUGUUGGACAAGGAAGAGGGUGUGCCGAUGCUCUCUGUCCAGCCCAAAGGGAAGCAGAAGGGGUGUGCUGGCUGCAAUCGGAAGAUUAAAGACCGCUACCUGCUCAAGGCCUUGGACAAAUACUGGCAUGAAGACUGUCUCAAAUGUGCCUGCUGUGACUGCCGCCUGGGGGAGGUGGGCUCCACCCUGUACACGAAAGCCAACCUCAUCCUCUGUCGCAGGGACUACUUGAGGCUCUUUGGUACAACAGGGAACUGUGCAGCCUGCAGUAAACUGAUCCCAGCCUUUGAAAUGGUGAUGAGAGCCAGAGAUAAUGUUUACCAUUUGGACUGUUUUGCCUGUCAGCUUUGUAACCAGAGGUUUUGCGUUGGGGACAAGUUUUUCCUAAAAAACAACAUGAUUUUGUGUCAAAUGGACUAUGAAGAGGGCCAAAUGAAUGGCAGCUUUGAGACGCAGGUUCAAUAGUUGAUGGCAGCAACAAUCAGAUCCACACUUUAUACACAAGAUGGAUGUUCUGCUGCACUUGGAACAAGACAAGCAUCCGUCUGCUUGCCUGCAAUACUUUUUAACUCCCCUUUCUCGGAUCCUUCCCUCCCACCCCACCCACCUCAAGGACUCUGUUAUAAAUGUUCAACUUUUUGCCCCUACCACACCAUGCCCACCCAACACUGAGCAGUUUUAAAUUUUGAUGUACAGUUGUGCCUGCUAUGCUGAGCACUGUAUUGCUUGUAUGUUUUGUGAAAUUUUUUUGAUGUUUUCUGUUUCUUUUAGAAAUGGUUCACUGGAGGGUAUGUACAGUCUGUUUUCUCUGUAUAUAUAAACUGGAACAUUUAUUUUAUGAAAUGUAAUGCAAUUUUAUUACUAGUGUGAAUUAAAGAUUCCUAAAUGUUAAUAGUGAGUUUUUUGUCCUCCUACUGAAACGAAAGUUGAGGGACGUUGCCCAUGUGUUGAAAAAAAUCAAAUAACUGACAAUGCUAUAAAAGCUUGGCAGAUAUAUUUAAACAUCUCUCAUGAUGCUUAAAAGGUUUUAUUACAUUUUGAAAACUUCUGAUGAAAUUGGAAAUGCUGUUUAAAAUAAACUAAGCACGACUUUAUUUGGAAUAAAAGAAUGAUUCACCAAA